AUGCGAACGGGACCUUGGGGUGCUGGUUUCCAUGUCGUUAAAAUCCAGGGAACAGACAAAGCCUGUGCCUCGAGUUGGAGGAUCCUCGGAGCUAUUGACCAUUUCUUUUCCAAAAUUUCGUACGACGGUUUCAGGUUUCUGUACACCUCUUAUGUCCGAACUCGCUUGGAGUUUGCGAGCGCCGCGGUAUAUCCGUGUACAACAACCGGAUUUAUAAAGCUGGAAGGGGUUCAAAGAGCCCCAACUGGCCUUAUCGCUGGGUUACGUGGACGUUGCUUUGCUGAACGAUUGCAGGCCAGUGGACUGUUCCUGGAAUCAUAUCGCCGAGCUCGUGGUGAUAUCAUUUGUGUGCGGCGUAUUCCACGUGGUGACGUGGGCCCAGAGCUAAUGCAGUACUUUCCUCUGCGCACUCAGAACAGGACACAGGUUCACAUUGUUGAAGGUUUCAUCAAUCGGAUUACCCCUCAGAUACCGACUGUCGCGGAGGGUAACCAACCUAUGGAACUUCCCUCCAGCUGA